GCCGGGGCGGGGCGGGGCCGGGGCGGCCCCGGGGUUUCCUGUUGACUCGCGGCGGCCCCGUCACAUGAUCGCGGAGCGCACGGAGCGGGCGGCGGAGCAGCGGCGCCGGACUCGCCAUGGCGAUCGAGGGCGGCAUGAAGUGUGUGAAAUUCCUGGUUUUCAUCUUCAACUUCAUCUUUUGGGUGUGCGGCGUGGCCCUCAUCGCCAUCGGCAUCUACGCCCAGGUGGCCCUCAACAAGGCGCUGGUGAUCACCAGCGCCUCGGCCUCCAGCACGCCCAUCGCCAUCGUGGUGGUGGGCGUCAUCAUCUUCUUCAUCUCCUUCUUCGGCUGCUGCGGGGCCUGGAAGGAGAGUUACUGCAUGGUCACCACGUUUGCCAUCCUGCUCAGCCUCAUCUUCCUGGUGGAGAUAGCCGCGGCCAUCGCCGGAUACGUCUUCAAGGACAAGGUCCGCUCAGUCCUGGAGGAGGGUCUGCGGGACGCCAUGGAGAAGUACGGGGAGGACAAGGCUUUGAGGGAGACCGUGGAUGAGCUGCAGAGGGAUUUCGACUGCUGCGGAGCCAACAACUACACGGACUGGGCCGACAUCGCGCCGUUCAAGGGCAACGACACCGUGCCGCGGUCCUGCUGCCGGGUCAACACCACCUCCUGCAACGUCCACCCCAGCCCCUCCACCGUCUACGAGAAGGGCUGCCUCCAGAGCAUCGAGGCCUGGAUGAAGAAGAACAUCCUCAUCGUGGCCGCCGUGGCGCUGGGCAUCGCCUUUUUCGAGAUCCUGGGCAUCAUUUUCGCCUGCUGCCUCAUGAAGGGCAUCCGCAGCGGCUACGAGGUCAUGUAGCCCCCGGCGGGUGCCGUGGCCUGGGGGGCUCGGGGGGUCCCCCUGUGCCAAAUCCCCCCCCCCCAGGACCUUCCUGGUCUGGGGGGUGUUGCCAUUGGACUCCUCCCUGGCUGAUGGGGGGGGGGCCCUGGGGAACCCCCCGGGUAUUUUGGAAAUAAAACAGCUUCCUUAGA